AUGCCCAGCCAGCAGAAGAAAGUCAUUUUCUGCACAGCCGGGGCGCUGAGCUUCGUGUGCGCCCUGGGGGUGGUGGCUGCUCUGGGGACCCCGCUGUGGGUCAAAGCCACCUUCCUCUGCAAAACGGGGGCUCUACUGGUCAAUGCAUCGGGCCAGGAGCUGGACAAAUUCGUGGGCGAGCUGCAGUAUGGGCUUUUCCACGGCGAGGGCGUGAGGCACUGUGGCCUGGGGGCCAGGCCCUUUCGGUUCUCUGUCUUCCCGGAUUUGCUCAAAGCCAUUCCUGUGAGCAUCCACGUCAAUGUCAUUCUCUUCUCAGUGGUCCUUGUCCUUCUGACGAUGGUGGAUACUGCGUUCUUCAUGUACAAUGCUUUUGGCAAACCCUUUGAAACAUUGCAUGGGCCGCUUGGCUUAUAUCUUCUGAGCUUCAUUUCAGUGUCUGUGGGAGUUCCAGCCACUGCUCCCAGAGUUCAGAGACAAGGCUCCUGCGGCUGCCUUGUCAUGAUCCUGUUUGCCUCCGAGGUGAAAAUCCACCAUCUCUCUGAGAAAAUCACCAAUUACAAAGAAGGGACUUAUGCCUACAAGACACAAACUGAGAACUAUACCACCUCCUUCUGGGUCGUGUUCAUUUGCGUUUUUGUUCACUUUCUGAAUGGGCUUCUAAUCCGACUGGCUGGAUUUCAGUUUCCUUUCACAAAAUCUAAAGACUCAGAGACAACUAAUGUGGCAGCAGAUCUCAUGUACUGA